AUGGAAAAUUCAAAAUCAGAAAUUCUUCAUUGGAUCAACACCCUUCUAAAAACAAAUUUUACUAAAAUAGAACAACUGGGCAACGGUGUAGCAUACUGCAAACUACUUAAUUUGAUUGAUCCAACUUGUUUGAAUUCUACUAAAAUUGUACUAAAAACAAAAACAUAAAUUGAUCACAUCAGCAAUCUCAAGCUCUUCCAAACUGCAAUGUAGAAACUUCAUAUGAAGAAACAAUUUGACAUUGACAAAGUAAGCAAGUGUUAUUUCCAUGAAAAUUAUGAUCUAGCCUUAUUCUUAAAGAAAUAACACUCCCUUAGGUUCUCUAGCAUAAAUAAAGAAAACACAUCCAUCAACAAUUCUAUAAUUUAUGAAAAUCAUCCCAAUAUUCUUGAAGAAUAAUAGACCUCAGAUGAUAAUUUACUUACUUAAAUAGCAUCUAUAAUGUAGAGCGUAGAUUCUGCUGAAACAAAAGUGUUACAAACUAUCAAUUUAUUGAAAACCCACAAUUUUAUCAAAAAUAAUCCUCAGUUUAUUGAUAAUAAACCUCUGUAUGAUACUACUAAUAACAUCUUUAAUAUGUUCAACAAUCAAAAUGUUUUUAAUAAAGAUAAUCUAUUCAAAACAGAUUCUAAAAAACAACAAUCUCUUGAAUAGAAUAAUAAUUUGUUAUGUGAAACUCCAGAAAUGCUCCUUGAUCCUCAUCAGAAUAAUGAAGACAUAUUUGAUCAUCAAUCUUCAUCUAAAUUGAUCAUGAAAAUUCAAUCAUAAUCGAAGAUAUAAUAGGAAAUUAAAAAAGAAACUCCAAACUUUUGUGAAUCUCCAUUUAUAUAAUAACCAUAAUAAAAUAGUCUGGCUGAUUUUAUCAAGUCAGAAAGUAAAUAGUAACAACAAUACAUGCAAUAAUACUCUUUAUAAAAACAAUUGCAAAUGUAAAAUCAGAUCAAUACUAAUCCACCUUAAGAAUACCAAUCUCCAUUUCGAGAGUAGAUUAUUCAAUUAUCUUCAUAAAAAGAGAUAUUCAAUUAGAUUACAAAUCCUUAAGUGUUUUCUUCAUGUUAAAAAGAAACAUCUUAAAACAACUCUGUAUUCUAUUCAUGCAAAGAUAAAGGAGCAAUAAUUGAAGAAUGA